AUGGUGAAUGCAGCAAGUGGUGGAGGGCUAGUGAAUAAGACUCCAGGAGAUGCAACUAGGUUGAUUGCAGAGCUAGCAGAAAAUUCUAGGCAAUUCAGUCAGAGAACUCCCGCGCGCCGGGUGAAUUUAGCAAAUUCGAAUACAACUGAGUUAGAGAGUCAAGUAGCUGAUUUGACUUCUAUGAUGCGUGAGUUCAUGGUGAACUCAAGGAAUCCACAGCAACUGAAUGCUUGUGGUUUAUGCACCUCCAUGGGACAUCCCACUGAUGCAUGUCCUCAAUUACAAGAGGAGCAGAAUGAGCAGGCCAAUGCAAUGGGUUUCCAAGGGCAAGUGAGCAGACUUGAAGCUAAAGAUUCAGGAAAACUUCCAUCUCAAACGGAGUUGAAUCCUAAGCAACAAGCCAACGCUAUUACAUUGAGGAGUGGCAAGGAGCUGAAAGAGACUGAAAUUGCAACCAAGAGGGCUGAAGAUGUUCCUCGAUUUGCUAAAUUUUUGAAAGAACUGUGUACUAUAAAGAGGAAGCACAGGUUAGGAGGGAAGGAAAAAGUGAAAGUGAGUGCUCAUGUUUCUGCAGUUUUCCAAAAGAAACUUCCUGAAAAAUGCAGUGAUCCUGGUAUGUUUACUGUUCCAGUUACAAUAGGGGACACCACUUUUCAUAGAGCUAUGUUGGAUUUGGGUGCAUCAAUUAAUGUUAUUCCAUAUUCCCUGUUCAAAUCUUUGGAACUUGGACCUUUACAUGAAACCGGGGUAGUGAUUCAAUUAACUGAUAGGUCAAAUGUUUACCCUAAGGGAGUGGUGGAAGAUGUGCUUGUGAAAGUUGAUGAACUAAUUUUUCCUGCUGAUUUUUAUGUGCUUGAUAUGGAACAUGAUAGACAAGCAGUCCCCAUCUUGUUAGGAAGACCCUUCUUGAAAACUGCUAGGACUAAAAUUGAUGUUUUUACUAGUUCUUUAACUAUGGAGUUUGAUGGGCAAGAAAUUGUGUAUAACAUCUAUAAUUCCAUGAAAUAUCCUGUUGACACUCAUUCUUUGUGUUCCAUUGAUAUCAUUGAUCCUAUAGUGCAGGAUGUCUUCGAUGUUAAGGGCGAGGAUGCGCUCCUCACUUCCAUUUCUAAUGAUUUAUCUGCUGAUUGUUUGGAUAUCCCUUUGCCUAAUAGUGUGCAGAUGAUGGUAGCAGAGUUGAAUAGCCAUUCCAAGCUCCCACUUAGACCACCAGGUUCGACACCUACCCCAUUGACAGUGCCUACUGAUAAACUCUUACCUUCUGUUUUGCAGGCACCCCAGGUGGAGCUAAAACCACUUCCUGAUCAUUUGAAAUAUGUGUUCCUUGGUCAGAACGAUACUUUACCUGUUAUAAUUUCAAGCAAAUUGACCAAGGAGCAAGAGGACAAGUUGGUGACAGUGCUGAAAGAGCACAAGUUAGCUAUUUGA